AUGAGUGAUCACCUUUCCAUCGAAGAAAUUGACGACGUUGAACUUCCGGGUGCCCUGCAGCGACUCGACGAUACUCAGUUGAGCCACACUGUCCAGAAUCUUGAUAGCAACCAGAUCCCUCGUGUCAUGCUUGCCAUCAAGAGCAUGAAUGACGAACAAGGCCAGCGUAUCAUCCAGAGGCUUGACCCCUCUAAGGAUAACCGCAUCCAGAACUUUGGAGGAAUCAUGUUCUGGGGUACGAAUAUCCAGUCGGGCCCCGGAAAGCCAGACCAUCCCAUAUUUUGUGACAGAUUCCCCCACAAGACAAAAACUGGAACGUUUGUUUGUGGCUGCGGCUGGCAUGAUUCCGACAAGGCGGUGGACGAUCUCAUCGUGAGUUAUUUCCUGUUGAAGCAGAACGGCGUCCUCUGGUCGCACGUUGAGGGUGCACCAAAUGAGUAUAUGUGUCGGGCAUGCGUCAACGACAAGCCUGGAAGUUUCAAUAAGUAUGAUUUGAACGAACUUGAUGCUCAUAUUUCUGAGAAACAUGUUGUCGACCCAUACAAGCUGGAUGAGUCUCUCAAGGGUUCGUAUGGGCAGUAUUUGGGACAGCGACCAGGCUAUUACUACGAGAUUUGA